AUGAAGCUGCUGCUUCUGUGCCUGGGCCUGACCCUAUUCUGCACCCAUGGGGAAGGGAGUGCUGUCGUGAGAAGCAACUUUGACCUGGAAAAGAUUUCAGGAAAGUGGUAUUCUGUUCUCUUGGCCUCUGACAAAAAGGAAAAAAUAGAAGAAGAUGGUAGCAUGAGGGUUUUUGUGGAAUUCAUCUAUGCCUUGAAGAACUCUUCCAUUUUCUUUAAAUUCCAUAUACAUGUAAAUGGAGAAUGUACUGAAUUGCCUUUGGUUGCAGACAAAAAGGGUGAUGGUGUAUAUGCUGUUGACUAUGAUGGACACAAUAAAUUCCACAUAGUUGAGACAGACUAUGAUAACUAUAUUAUAUUUCACCUCAAGAAUGUCAACAGUGGGGAAACCUUUCAACUGCUGGAGCUCUAUGGCCGAAAACCAGAUGUGGGUCCAGAACUCAAGGAAAAGUUUCGAGAAUUUAGUCAAGAAAAUGGAGUUGUUCCGGAAAACAUAUUGGACCUGACCAGUGUUGAUCGCUGUCUCCAGGCCCGAGAUGAAAAGUAGCCUAAGCCUCCGGGUGUGUGGCCUCUGACCCUGUGCUGAGUGAAUGCUUCCCUACCUGGACUCCAACAUCAUCUCUUCCUCAUCUCUGUGCCAUAUCGUGACACAUUCUGUGACCUGAUUACCACCACUCUCACAUAUGAACCUGCAUCUCCAGACCUUCACCCUACAUCUCCAGAUCUUCCCUAAUUGCCUGGAAAUGUUUAUCGAUUCACCAUCAAGCAAAGGUGUUCUCUGAAUUUCUCUGAUUGCUAUACCUAGGGCAACUGUAUACAAAUAAGAUCUUCCCCUACCUAUUCAAUAAAUAAUUAG